AUGACGGAAGAUCAGCGGCAUCCGAUACGAUUCUUCAGCUGGAGCAAUGAGGACGCCACAGUCGUGACUGAUCCAGAAAGUGUGGCAAUGGCGACAGCAUUCAAGAAAAAGUCGUUUGAGAAGUGGAAUGAAGUAAAGAAACUUCGAGAAGAUUCGGCGUUGAAUGAUUUGAUACUGGAGAACAAGUGGAAGCUCAAUUUAUUGGAUGGGUCGCAUAAUCUCGGACGUUUUAUUGGUUCGGACAUGGAGACGUCGACGGUAUUUCGACAACGAUCGCAUAAGUCAUGGCGUAAACAACACCAAUUAUUAGUGAAUGAAGCUGCUGGAAUUGACCACAGGAAAGAUGCUAGUAAAGAGAAGGAAGACGGCUUCGAAGCUAGUCUUGCAGAAAAAUUGCUAGAGAGAGGCUACGGAUUGCCACGCUCCAGCCAGAAUAAAGCAGACGCAGCGUGUUUAAGUCUUUCCAGUGAGAGUAUGAUGAGUUCAGAGAUGAGCGAGAGGUUAUUGCUGGAACCUCACACCGCUUUCAGGGACCGACUGGUGAAGUUUUACACCAAGUAUAAUCCCACGAAGCUAAAUGGAAUCGAUCGGACGCUGGAGGCCUAUAGUGGCCGUGAAGAAGAGCUAUUUCAGAAGUUGCACGAACGUUAUGUAGUCAACGCUAAAUUGAGUUUGCGAGAACGCAAGAAGAAGUUCAUCACGAAGGACACCGACCCCACUGUUUACAUGAAUAUCUCGAUCGCUGGGGCGCCAGUUGGCAGGAUUGUCAUGCGUCUAUUGAAGGACGAGGUACCGCUUGCUUCGGAAAACUUUCGCAGCCUUUGUACAGGGGAGAAAGGCGGGAUCCUUAGUUUAAAGGGCUGCAAAUUUCACCGCAUCAUCAAGAAUUUUGUGGUCCAAGGUGGAGAUUUCACCACUGGAGAUGGAACGGGUGGCCAAAGUAUUUACCGUGGCACUCCACACGGGGAUCUCUGGGGAAAUUUCAAGGACGAAAAGUUUUUACCUCACGAUGAAGUUGGUCUACUGUCCAUGGCCAAUGCAGGCAAGAAUACAAAUGGCUCACAGUUCUUCAUUACAACUAGAGCGGGCCUUACGAAUUUAGAUGGAAAGCAUGUGGUCUUUGGUGAGGUCAUUGAUGGGCUAGAUGUCGUAGAUGCUAUGCAGAAUGUGAAGGUGGACCAUGGAAAUAGCCGCCCUCUUUUAGAGAAUGAAGUUGCGAUUCUUGAUUGCGGAGAACUAUAA